CGAGAUGCUGACGGUGAAGAUGAAACCGAAGCACCGCCCCUUCUGCUUCAGCGUGAAAGGCCAAGUGAAGAUUCUGCGGCUGGCGCUAACUGUGACAUCGAUGACCCUUUUUAUCAUCGCACAAGCCCCAGAGCCAUACAUUGUUGUCACUGGAUUUGAAGUCACUAUUACUUUCUUUUUCAUAAUUUUAUAUAUACUCAGACUUGAUCGAUUAAUUGACUGUAUAUUUUGGCCUUUGCUUGUAAGUGUUCAGUUUCACUGUUAAAGUUAACUACUUUUUCCUGCCAUAGAGAGACAUUUUAAUAAACUCUGUUCUUUAGUUUUCUUAAGCCUUUAAGGAAUCUCUGACAGGCUUAGGAAGGAGGAACUCUACCCACUGCUAAUGUGCUCUGGGGAGAUUCUCAGGGAACCAGGGCAGCCACGGAGCAUAAAUUCUCCCCUGAGCUCUAUCUAUCAGUAGAUAUGGCUGACCUUUCAGACCUUUCUUUCUAAGGAGAAUUCACCUAGGUGUAGAUCUUCAAAAGAAAUUUAAACUUAAGAUCAUGGUGAAUGAAAUUAUACAGCAUUCUUAAUCUUUACCUCCUUUUUAAAUGCAUGUUGAUAUGACCUCAAAAUUGGGGAAAAGAAAUGGAGACAGAUACACAAGUAUCUACAUCUUACACAUCCCUGAUCACUAAAUAGAAAAUCAAAAUAAUUUAGAGGCUACAUAAAGCACAACAUUUUCUUACUUCCAAAUGUCUGUAAUCAUUAAUGCCACAUAAUUUUUAACUCAUCUUGUAGAACCUUAUUUA